CUUCCCGGCUCUUUGUCCCUGAAUGGCCCCAGCACCGUGACGGGCGCCGUGGGCUCCCUGAGCGUGGAGUGUCGCUACGAGGAGGAAUACAGGGCAUUUCACAAAUACUGGUGCAGACCAUGCUUCCCACUGUGGCAGCGGGCUGUGCAGACCAGCGGGUCCGAAGUGCAGGUGAAGAGCGGCCGGGUGUCUGUCACGGACCAUCCAGAGGACCUCGCCUUCACAGUGACGUUGGAAAGCCUCACUGCAGACGAUGCAGGGUAAAAUACAGGUGUGGGGGGUGCGAUGAUUCUGAAGGAAGAAGGACUCCUCGGCUUCCUGCCUGAUCUCUCUUUCCAGGUUCAAGUGACUGUCUCCCCAGCCUCCAGUAGCAACAGCUCUACGUGGACUUCUGGAUCACUCAGCCAGCAGCAAGGGCCCCGGCUGGGCAGCACCCACUUCCUGCUCCUGGUCUUCCUGAAGGUGCCCCUGCUCGGUGCCCUCCUCUGGGUCAACAGGACUCAGCGGGCAAUUUGUGGGGAGACAGAACCAGUCUGA